UCUAACAGCUGAGAGACCUCAUUCACUGCAGCAACACAUGGUACAUAGAUCAGAGCUCAGACCAGGUUCUGCUGUACGGAAGAGAAACUCACACAAUUGCUGUACUGAGAGCUGAAAUGAGACGUUCUGAUGGACCAAGCAAAAAUCUGUUGUUCCAUCUGUUUGGAUCUCCUGAAGGAUCCGGUGACUAUUCCUUGUGGACACAGCUACUGUAGGAACUGUAUUAAAGACCACUGGGAUGAAGAAGAUCAGAGGAGAAUCCACAGCUGUCCUCAGUGCAGGAAAGAGUUCAUACCAAGGCCUGUCCUGGAAAAGAACAUCAUGUUAGCAGAUCUAGUGGAGCAUCUAAAGAAGACUGAACUCCAACCUGCUCCAGCUGAUCACUGCUAUGCUGGACCUGAAGAUGUGGCCUGUGAUGUCUGCACUGGAAGGAAGAUGAAAGCUGUGAAGUCCUGUCUGGUCUGUUUAGUUACUUACUGUGAGAAACAUCUUCAGCUUCAUUAUGAAUCUCCUGCUUUUCAAAAACACAAGCUCGUGGAUCCCUCCAAGAAGCUCCAGGAGAACAUCUGCUCUCGUCAUGAUGAGGUGAUGAAGAUCUUCUGUCGUACUGAUCAGCAGUGUAUCUGUUAUCUCUGCUCUAUGGAUGAACAUAAAGGUCAUGAAACAGUCUCAGCUGCAGCAGAAAGGACUGAGAAGCAGAAGGAGCUCCAGGUGAGUCGACAACAAAUCCAGCAGAGAAUCCAGGACCAAGAGAAAGAUCUGAAGCUGCUUCAACAGGAGGUGAAGGCCAUCAAUGUCUCUGCUGAUAAAGCAGUGGAGGACAGUGAGAAGAUCUUCACUGAGCUGAUCCAUCUCAUCCAGAAAAGAAGCUCUGAUGUGAAGCAGCAGAUCAGAUCCCAGCAGAAAACUGAAGUGAGUCGAGUCAAAGAUCUUCAGGAGAAGCUGGAGCAGGAGAUCACUGAGCUGAAGAGGAAAGAUGCUGAGCUGAAGCAGCUCUCAAACACAGAUGAUCACAACCAGUUUCUCUACAACUACCCCUCACUGUCAGCACUCAGUGAGUCUACACACUCAUCCAGCAUCAAUAUUCAUCCUCUGAGAUACUUUGAGGAUGUGACAGCAGCUGUGUCAGAGCUCAGAGAUAAACUACAGGACAUCCUGAAAGACACAUGGACAAACAUCUCACUGGCAGUCACUGAAGGAGAUGUUUUACUGCCAGAAUCGGAACCAGAACCAAAGACCAGAGCUGAAUUCCUAAAAUUUUCACAAGAAAUCACCUUGGAUCCAAACACAGCACACAUGAAACUGUUAUUAUCUGAGGGGAACAGAAAAGUAGCAUUAAUGAGACAACAACAGCCUUAUCCUGAUCAUCCAGACAGAUUCACUGGUUGGCCUCAGGUCCUGAGUAGAGAGAGUCUGACUGGACGUUGUUACUGGGAGGUGGAGUGGAGAGGAGGAGGAGUAAAUAUAGCAGUUUCAUACAAGAAUAUCAAUAGAGCAGGAGGAUUUGGAUUCAAUGACAAAUCUUGGUCAUUAUAUUGUUACACAGACAGUUACACAUUUUAUCACAACAACAUUCAAACUCCAGUACCAGGUCCAGUUUCCUCCAGACUAGGAGUGUUUCUGGACCACAGAGCAGGUAUUCUGUCUUUCUACAGCAUCUCUGAAACCAUGACUCUCCUCCACAAAGUCCAGACCACAUUCACUCAGCCUCUACAUGCUAGGAUUUGUAUUGGCUCUUUAUUUCUCACCUCUUAUGGAUCUUCUGCUGAGUUCAUUUAACUGAAAUAAUCAGAACUGUUUGUUAACCUUAAAUAGUCAGAACUGAUCUGAGGUCCAGUUGGUUAAAAUGUUUAUUUUAGUUCCAGUUUCUUUAGUCUCCAUCAUUGUUGCUGAGAGCUCAUUGUUGUGUCAUUUCUUCACUGCUCAGAGAUCAACUGUCUUUAUGGAGCUACUUUGUCAUCUUGUUUGUUGUUUUGUUGAUGUUGGAGUUUGUUUGGGUGCUGCCCCUUCCUGUUUCUGUUCAACCACGGAGGCUAUCACUGCUCAGGAGGAUUUUAUUCAUCUAAAAUAAUUACAUGUACAUUUAUUGCUUUGUCAGAUCAAAUGUUGUUGUUGUUCAAAUCUAUGUACAGAUGAGCUGUCAUCUGUGUGUCUAAUUAUGCCUCUGAUUGAAAUACUGCAUUUAAACUAAUGUGUCGUGACUCAGUUUGUAACUCUUUAUAUGAUUGGACAAAUAAGUUAAUAAAGAUGACUCAGUGUUUGGAUAUAAAAAGGAGUCCGUUUUGUUUUGUAUUUUGUUUGUCUUUUAUUGCAUUUUGUUAAUAUAUUUAUCAGUAGCAAAAGGUAUUUUUAAAAGAAAAUGUUUCCACAUAUCAGGGCUUGACACUAAAGAAGCUGUGGUUUUGAAAUGAGAUAAUGCUGAUUAUUCAGUGUUUUUGCGGCUUCAGAGAAGAUCCGUUGACAGGCAGGAGUCCAGGACCAGUUUUGGGCCAUUAGAAACACAGCAAACACUGAUUCUACUGGGCUUUUCUAGAUCUGUGAGGAAUAACAAACAUUCUGCUUGGAGGUCAAUGCUGAGACAGAAGUGUGGAGAAACCUGAAGGUUUACCACCAGAUGGCGCAAAAUACAGAAGUGUUCCACAGCAGAUGGAAUACUGCAUGCAUGCACUCAGGAUAGAUUAAAAAAAAAAAAAAGAUUAAAAAAAUCUAUUUUUUAAUUCGAUUAAAAAUAUAUAUAAUAGGAAAAAAGUCACCCCUAGUUAGUAAAAUGUCAGCCCAGAUCUGCACAGAGAUCGGCACAAAAUCACUUUCUGUAAGACUACAGAUAUGUGAAUUGUAAAAGACAUUUAGUCACUUGAGACAAAAAAUAUCUAUUUUUUUCAGAAUUGCAUCAUUUUGGUCUCCCGCUGCCAGAGAGAUUUCUUUUACAGAGAACUUUAUAGAUAAAUUAUCAAACCUGCAGAAAAUGAAAGCAAGCAGCACUUUUUCUCUUCUGUCCUACUUUAAUUGGAAGCCCUUUAUUCUGGCAAUGUUUUUUAAAUUGCAGUAGGUUUAUUUAUUGAUAGUUCAGGUUUGAGCCCAUGAUACGUUUUCUGCUUGCUCUGUGGUCUUCACCCCCAAAGAGUCUGGUUGAGUGUUGAUUUCUAGGAUUGAAGUUUUGAGAGGAAAAACAUGACUAAUGUCUUUUCUAUAUUGAGUUGAAAAAAUUCUGAUUCAUCCACUCAUUUUGUGAACAGCCUGACUUAGUAACUGUCGUGCACUAUGGUCAGGUGGUGAUGCAGAAAAAUAAAGCUGUAUCUACGCAACAUAGAUCUUGUAGGACAUGUUUUAGUAUCCAUGAUCUGAACUGGUGCCAUCAUAUAGAUGUAUUAAAGGCUGACAACUAAGCCUUGAGGUACACCACAUUUCAGCUUUUCUUGUAUUGAUUUAUACACCACAUCAAAGAUAUCUAGUCAGUGGGACAGAUGUAAUUGAGGAAAGUUGUAGAAAUAAAUGUAAUUAUGGUAUGUAAGUCGUGCUAUUUGCUGGGAAAGGAGCAAUUUAUGGAUGAAGUGAUGUCCGAUGUAAACACAGAGGAAAAUUGAGGGAUUUAAAAGAAAUGACAAUAGAUGGAUGAAUUUAUGGUGGGAUGAACAGAUAGAUAACCUCAUUUUUGUUACUGGUCAGCUUAUGAACAGGGUUCCUAGUGAUUUACAUAGAUUUCCCUGUUUCUUCCGCAUCGUCUUCUCUUUUCUCCAACACGAUCAGCAUCUGC